AUGAAAAAAUUAUUCGAAGAAGCAGAAGCAUUAAAUGAAGCUACCAAUUUUAUAUAUGAAAUUGAAAUAGAAGACGAUCUUCUUACUGCUUUUUCUUUAAUGCCACUUGAAUUAAAUAAUAAUGAAGAUUUAAAAAUAAUUAAAACUAAUUUUCAGAAAUAUGCCUUAUACAAAAAAAAAUUUGAUACUGCUCUAGAAUUGUAUAAGCAAGAGAUGGAUAAUGAUAAUUUUGUUAAUAAUUUUGGUGCAAUGAUGGCAUCACUAUUGAAAGAAAUUGAAGAAUACGAAAAAGUAUUAAAAGCUCAUAAACAACAAGCUACCUAA